GAUUGUCACAGAGUCCUCUUUUUCUACGCCAUCAUGCAUAUCAUCGCUUGCGCUUGGGGCCGGACCUUUCGUCCCACUACUGUACGCUGCCGGAUAGCUGAUGUGUUGGCAGCAUCUCUCUGGUGAGGCUGUUGGCUCUGGUUUUUUUUGCUUUGCGUUCUUCCAUCCCAUCGCUCUACCCACGUUUGACAUCUCACACCUCUGCAGUCUCGCCCUUUUGUACCACGACAUUCUUCAUAGAUGAUGCCAGGGCCGCUGCUCCAUCGAUACAAAAGUGUCACGAGAUCUCAGAUCAUGUCGCACAAAGCCAACCUAUCUCCUCUACGUUCAGUUGUUUUCAAUGCUGCCCUACCUUGAAAUGAAGCGGCCUUGAUAGACAAAGAACCUGUCGUGGAAAGGAAAUACUGGAGCACCUGCAGCUCGCCUUCCCUGCUUUUGGCACUCGCUCUGUCACUUUGCUCUGCGUCCAUAGCUGAGCAUUCGAGCUGAUUCGGGGGCUUUUCUUGAGAUAUAAAGCCCUGAGAUAUCCGUGGUCACGCAGGGUGGUUUCUGUCAUCAUCUCACUUCGACCCUUCCUCGUUGACCACGAUCCAACAUCCUCUACGAAGACAUCAAGCAGCUGGAUCAAAAGCACUCGCAAUCCAAGCCAACGACUUGACCACAUUUUCAUUCCACCAUGGCUACAAAAACCCACAAGACCUGGCAGGAAGAGCUUGCUGCUGAGUGCCGGAAACUUAGGCUGCCUACUCCCCAAUUCAACAUCGUCUCUGAUCGUCGAGGUGGCCGAACAGCUUGGUCUGCUACAGUCACAAUCCAGGGUCAGAAUCUUGCAGCAAGAUACUGGUACGACGGGCAAUACCUCAACAACGCCAAAGAAGACGCCGCAGAAGUGGCUUGCACCAAACUUCGCAACCCGUCGAUCACGGCCGGCCAGUCAACGGUUUACCGCGCACAGUCUGGCUAUGGGGGCCCCUGGGCUCGCUGAGUCUCGUGCUGUGCUGCGACGUGCGUUGGAAGGCAAUACAGUGCUUUCCGCCAGGUACAAAGCCGCAGGCAGGGUUCGAAGUCGAAUUUUCGGUGGGGCAAUUGCCUCAAUACCUACUGCAUCCAACUGGGCAAAGGAGAAUUUCGAAUGAGAGCAUAGCGAUGGCGUUACGGUGACACCGAGACACAGGGACACCAGGGGGGCUAGGAGGGAUGUUUUCUUUUUUUUCUUUGGGAUUGGAUUUUCUUUCUCCUUUGUUCGUCUUUGGCUGUUGUUUCUCAGAGAAAAAACACACACAAACAAACCCCCCAGAUUCCAAGAGAGAUUAGAACCAGUCUGUCUCCUUGUCCAGGCUUCAAGCUGUCAGCCAACGGGAGAGGUCUCAGUCCUCACCCAAAUUUUCUUGACCGCUCUUCAGAAUUGAUAGAAGAAAAUGCAGGAAUCUAUGAUAUCUCAUGCUGA